UCCGGGCGCGGGGUUCCUCCACGCAGCCUCCCAUUCAAAAGAUGCCGAAGGGGCGGCGCGGCAGCCAGAGCCCCACCAUGAGCCAGCGGCCGGCCCCGCCCCUCUACUUCCCCUCCCUCUACGACCGCGGCAUCUCCUCGUCCCCGCUCAGCGACUUCAACAUCUGGAAGAAGCUCUUCGUGCCGCUGAAGGCGGGCGGGGCGGGGGCGGGGGCGGGGGCGGGGCGGCCCCUGCCCCAGGCGCCCCCGGUCCCGGCGCCCCCGCCGCCGCCCCCCGGCCUGGGGCCCCCCAGCGAGCGCCCCUGGCCCCCGCCCUGGCCCUCCGGCCUGGCCUCCAUCCCCUACGAGCCUCUGCGCUUCUUCUACUCGCCGCCGCCGGGGCCCGAGGGGGCUGCCUCGCCCCUGGCUCCCGGGCCCACGGCCCCCCGGCUCGCCGCCGCCUCCCACCCCGAGGAGUUAUGCGAGCUGGAGAUCCGGAUUAAGGAGCUGGAGCUGCUCACCAUCACUGGCGACGGCUUCGACUCCCAGCGCUAUAAAUUCUUGCAGGCACUGAAAGAUGAAAAGUUACAAGGACUGAAGACGAGGCAGCCCGGAAAGAAGUCGGCCCCUCUCUCCUGAGGAGCUGCCCACCAGCGCCUGGGCAGCCGCCUCCUUAGGUGUUAGUGCAUAGAUAAUGUGUCCCGUUGGUUGUCAUUUCAAAGAUAGUUAUUUUCUGUUCUGUAUUUAACUGCUGCUCUCAUUGCUCCCAGCAUGUACUCCACAUUCAGGGCCCACUUGCGUGGUGAAUCUCAUGCUCUGUCUCCUCUCUGUGCUGCUGCUGGGGGAGCUCCCGCAUGGUCUGGAAGCUGCUGCCCCUCUGGUGUUCAGGGUCUCCCUCCAGGGGCCGUAGGAGGGGAUGCCCAGCACUGUCAAGUGGAAGGAUUUGGGAAGGAUCAAGGGCAGUAUCUAUUUGGUGGCUGUGCCCCUGCCCUUGGAGGACUGGAACAAAUGGUUUAUUUUCAAAUAGCUUUAGUCCUGGGAAGUGAUUUGUUUAAUAGUUUUGGAGCCACAAAACUCUUUGACAAUCUGAUCAAAGCCAUGGUCCUUCCUAGAAACUCACAUAUUUAAGAAAUCCUGAGGGCUGAUUAUGUGCCUUCCUAGACGCUUGGGCUUGGGAGCGGGGGGAGACACAGACAAUAAAUACUAUAAAUAAGUAAAACAUAAUGUGGUAUCGUCGAUGACCUGCUAAGGGGAAAACAAAAACAGUAGGGCAAGUUCUGCAACAGGGUCAGAGAGCAACAGGGUGGCAGUUCAAAUAAGAUUUCUGGAAGAGGUAACAUUUAAACAAGACGUGAAGGCA